AUCUGUCUCAAAUGCAUUGUUUUCUACAAAGACCCUCCUUUCAACAAGCAGUCUGCAUUAGCACAAGCACUUUUCAGUCUCUGAGAAUCCAAGCUGACUGACUGAUGCUCAGAUCUCUGUGUCCACCGUACAUAAAUAUCAUACGAUUGUUAUAAUGAAAGCUAAUAUGAAUAUUUGGUAAACUACAUUGAUAUUCAUAUCCUACUGGCACACAGAUGCAAAAGAUAAUGGAAAAACUGCAAGAAGAGCUCAUUGGCAUGUUCAUAUGAGUGUUUUUAUAAACACUUGUAUAUAAAUGUCAGUAACAAUCAUUUUCUUAAUUAACAAUUUCUAUUUUUGUCAUCUUUUUCUUUUUUUAUUUAACGAAUUAUCAAGUUAAUAAAGCUGAGCAGAGACAAUCAUCUGAAUAUUGUGAUACGAUCCACAAUGAGUAAUAGGAUGAUGUAAGUAUUUUAAGAAGUCCUUUUGUAAGAUCUUGUGUUUAUUCAGCAGGCUUUGAAGUAAACCGAGAAGCUGAAGAUGACAAAGGUGUGUCUGUUGAAACAGACAGCUAAAGAGGUAUUGUCUUAUUCUUCCAGAUAGAUAAAGAGCUCUGUCAUCUUUACGUAACAAAUGACACUUUGUUACACUGAAUUUCAGAAGUAUCCUAAUGGACGGUUGCAUCAGUUGUUUACCACCAAAUUUCCGUCAGGAGCCAAUGGCGAGUUGCAUCAUUGCCAAUCGCUGUUAAUAAUGAAGACUUGCCACUACAUGCUUUUUGAACAAAUCCCACCAUCACAAAGCCAGUAUAUAUGUGAAGAUGUUAGCAUGUUAUGUGUUAUGUGUAAUCGCAAUAAUAAUGCAAAUGUUUUUUCUAUAAGAGAACCGUUCAGACCGCACAUUUUCAUAUUGGCCUUUGAUCUCCAAAACUCUUGUCUCUGAUUGGCUCCUGGAUCUCCCAGCGGUGUUGAAUCAUGGGAGUGAAAGUGUCGUCUUUGUCUUUGAGCUGUCAGUCCACAUCUUCACAUGAGCAUAAGAGCAUCUUUGAGAACACAGGAACUCAUGAAAGUUGUUAAUCCCAGCACUCGGAGAGGAUAAUGGCAAUCCUGCAGCUCUUCAGAUUCAUCAACUCAUCUCUGCUUCUGAGCCAGCGACCUCUGAACACCUCUGCAGCUGAGCAGACGGUGUACAGCAGCUGUGCAGACAUGCCCGCCGUGCUCAUCUUCUACCUGCUGCUACAGUUCAUCAACAUGUUCCUGGGCAUCCCUGCCAACAUCAUGGUUCUGUGGCUCAUUCGUAAGAACAAGGGCGACUCGUCCAGCUCAGACAUCUUCAUCGUGCACCUUGCUGUGCUGGAUGCGUUCUUCUGCCUCAUUCCUCCGCUGGAGCUGGCCAACAUCGUCUACCUGAGCUCCAGCAAAACCUGGUAUGUCUUGCGCUUCUUCUACGGUGUCAAAGACUCGUCUCCACUCUUUCUGUCCUGCAUCUGUCUGGACAGAUACAUGGCCGUGCUGCAUCCCAUCACCUUCACAGAGCUUAAGGACAAGCAGCAUCGUUCCAUCGGCGCCGUCGGCGUCUGGCUUCUGACUUUGGUCUAUGCCGCAGCCAAGUGUGUGGGAAACAUCCCUAACUUCGACAAGGUGUUCACCGUCAUGAUCCUGGCAGCGUUUGCAUUCAUGCUCUUCUGUAAUGUCUCCAUUCUCUGGGCUCUGAGACGGUCUGCUCCAGGUCGAGACGAGAGACACCCGGUCAAGAAGAAGGCCUUCAAGAUGGUCCUCAUCAUCUUGGCCAUCAUUGUCUUUAACUACUUCCCGCCAGUGGCUCUCUUUCCCUUUCAAGAGUAUUUCUCCCCGGAUGUCUUCCGCUGUUAUAUUCACUACAUCGCCUUCGGCUUCAUGGACAUCAGCAGCAGCAUCCAGCCGGUUCUGUAUCUGUCACGGGAGAAGCUGCCCAAAACCCUGUGCUGCUGCCCGAAAAACACCGAACAAAGCUCUAAUUCCGUUUACAUGGUCAGUCUGUGAGUUGCGGCUGUCAGAAGAUUUCACUUGAUUAGAGCUGACUACUGCAUGCACAUAAUAUUAUAGGUUUGUGUAUAUCUAUAAACAUUUUAAAGCUGGAGUUAACAACUAUCUUUUGUCUUUAGCCUGAACUAGAUUUUAUGUAUUUUAAUUGAUUAAUGUUUGGGUUACCUUGGUUACGUUUUUAUGUAUUUGUAUGUUGAUAGUACAGCAUUUUGAUCUGAAUGUGCAGUUGUAAAUAUAAAUAAAUGUUUAUCCUGAACAAUGUGUAGCUAUAUUAGAACUGUUAGACUCAUUCUGUUUUGUGUUUAAGCAGAAGCACCAACCUGUUGACAACCGAAUAUAAAAUGUUGCUAAUUACAAUAUUACAUAUUGCAGUGGAUUUUAAUUUUCACCUAAAUAAGUGUAUUUGUUUUGGUCAAAAGUUGUGUCAUCUGUGGCCCGUCUCACUCGAAGCAGCGCUGCAGCUGUGUAUGACACUUCCACUCAGAGCCACUGAAUGCUCUUCUGGUACUUUAAUGUCAUACACAGACUGGUUGAGCACAUCUUUAGUUCAUCUAACAGGUUGGUUUACCUUCUAAAGUGACUCCUGAAGAGCAGCUGAUGAGGAUCUGCCGUUACACGAGUGAACACUAGAGAGUGCUGCAUGACCAGAAGAAUCCACACCAGCUGCUCAGGUAAAGCAUUUGAAAUAAUAGUAUAAAAGUUUACAACCAGUGGGAGAAAAAAAAAAUCUUUAUAAUAUUUUUGUUUGGUAUUGAGAGCUGUUUGGGGAUUGGGGGACAUAUUAUAUGUUGCAAAUGUUUUUGGACCAGUUUUAAAGUUUUUGUUUGACAUUUUUUGUUCCUGAAAUUCACCCUUCUGUUGGAAUCAGAAUACAGUAGUAAACAUUUGAAGUGGAUUAACAUCUUUUAUUAAAGUUGUCCUAAAACCUAAAGCCAAAAUGCGUUCUUGUCUUAGAACAACUUUGAUAAACUUUUCAGAUGUUGAUUACUGUAAUCCUGAUUGGCUUUUUUUGUUUGUUUUUAUCAAAAGUAACUCAAUCUUGCUUAAAAAUUUUGAACAGCAAAAACUGAAGAUCUAAAUCAAAAUCUAUACUAUUUUUUGUAAUCUAUUCUGAAUUCAGUAUCCUGUUGUUUUCUUUGAACAACCCAUUUUCAAGAUUUGAUCCAACCGAUGGGCAAAAUCUGAUCAGAUUACUUUUGAAUGAUUUGACCCCUGCAGAGU